UACUCAAUCUUCAAAUUGGUUCGUCCUUUUUCGUUCAACAUGGCUCCUAAGUCGAGAACCGACGCUCAGCGAAGGGCUGGCAAGAAGGGCCCAGCCGUGCGAGAAUCUGCUGCCAAGGUCGAGGCCCGUGCAGAGGCCAAAGCCAAGGCCAAGGCCAAGCAAGAUGCUCUCAAGACUAAGAAAGCUGCCCUGCGUGGAACUCAUGCAACUCGCAAGAGGAAGAUCCACACCAAGGUGACCUUCCGUCGCCCUAAGACCUACAAGGCUGCUCGUGUGCCCAAAUACACAAGGAAGAGUAUCCCCAAGAGACCAAGGCUUGACCAGUUCAGCACCAUCAAGUACCCCCUGACAACCGAGAGCGCCAUGAAGAAGAUCGAGGAGAACAACACCCUCGUCUUCAUCGUUGCCCUCAAGGCAAACAAGUUCGCCGUCAAGACUGCGGUCAAGAAGCUCUACGACAUCGAUGUGGCCAAGGUCAACACGCUCAUCAGGCCAGAUGGACAGAAGAAGGCCUACGUCAGGUUAGCACCGGACUACGAUGCCUUGGAUGUUGCCAACAAGAUUGGUAUCAUCUAAACAGCCGUACCAGCCUCAGGUUUGUGAAAGGAGACAGUAGCAUUACGAUCAUUGGCACUGUUAAGAAAAUAAACAGUGUAUAUAGGUAACAAA